AUGUCUCGGCCAUCAUCCAUGUCCCAGCGUCCCUUGACGCUAACUGAGGAAUUGGAAAAGCUUGAACAAUCUAUCACCCUGACCCUGCAAGAAAUCGACCAUAAUUUCAGCCAGGCCCAUCGAAUCGUUACAACUAGCAUCCUCCCCCUUGUCGAGAAAUACGCAGAACAUUCCCACGAUGUCUGGGAAGGCGCCAAAUUCUGGAAACAAUUCUUUGAGGCGAGCGCAAAUGUCUCCCUCUCAGGCUAUGAGGAACGACCCAAUGAAGACACAUUGGAAGAACAAAGUGUAACAGAAGGAGACUCGACUGCCGAUGCCACACCGAGCAACCUUACCGAUACUGGCGUAUACGAAACACCCUCGUCCGACCAUCUGGAUAUUAACCACCGCGCGGACGACCUGGAAUUGACGUCGCUGAGCCUGUCCUCGCAUAGUACACCCCGGCCGCCCGUUUUCGACCGAGCAGAUGAUAACGACACGACGGUGACGUCAUCCAUCGCCCGGCCGUCACCAUACGAGGCUCUGAAGAGGGAAAUCGACGAGAGCGACGCGCCCUUUGAAGGCGAGGAUGAUGAUCUUCCCACUACCCCCGGGAGACCUUUCCACCCGCAGGGAUAUUCAUUUAACCCGCGCGACGAGCUAAUGUCCUCGUCGCCAUUUGUUCCUCCGGUGUCCCAUGAAAAGCUUUCUGCGGGCAAGAGCCCCGCUGAUCCGGUCUUGCAUCGUCUCCAUGACAAGACGUAUCGAGUUCAAGCCACCCCGCUCGGAAAGGAUUAUGGGGCAGGCCGCUCUAAAUUCACUAUAACCCCGAAACCCUCCGCGUCCAAGUAUGGCUAUGAUGACUCUCCGAUCUCCAGUCCUGAACCCGAAGCACCUCAGCUCCAUGCGGAAAUUUUCUCCUCGCCUCUCAAAACCCCUGGUACCAACCGGAAGCGACGUACAAGUAGUCAUCUGCGUGUUACACCAAAGCCCGGGAUUAGUGUAUUGACACCAGUAAAGAGCGGUGGCACAAACCGACCGGUGUGGGACAGCGACGAUGACUUCGACAAUGACGAGGAUGAGGAUCUGGGGCCGAGUCCGCCGAAAACAAUGCAGUUCCAUAUCCCCCAGAGCAGGUUAAUGAAAACUCCAGCAAAAGAAGCAUCCAGGCGAAUUGUCGAGGAUUUGUUAUUUACCGCCGGGGCAAAUGACACAACAGACGAUAUUGCGGCCGAGCAGAGUCCCAGCAUAAUCCAAAGGGUCCAGCGCAUAGAGGAUGAGACGUUUUGA